GGGAGUGAAUCCGAGCGCUGGUUUCAAUUGUUGUCGUUAAUCCAGGCAACCAUCAACUUGGGAAGCAGAAGCGUUUUUAUAUCCUUAAUUAGCCUGGCUUCCCAUCUGCAGCCUCCGUGGAAACUCUGAGCCCCCUUUGGCUCGGCUCCUGUGUGGCGCUUGCAGUUCUCUGCCCCCUCGGCGGCUCCUUCUCUGCGGGGGCUCUCAGUGCUGCCCUCCACCAGCUCCCAUCCCACCCCCCAGCGGCUCCUCUCUUCCCCCCAGCUGUGAGCAAAUGGGAGAAAAUUUCAUCCAACCCAACUUCCUUUUUGCAUUUUUGAAGUCUUUCUAAAAGUAGGAAUUCGGUCUGAAACUUCUGUUGAAGAAUAGCGGGCUUGAGGGAGGUUGUGGGGGGGGGGCAGGCAGAGAGUCAGGCAGACAAUACCCUGGAAACUUCUGCAGCCUUUCCUCCCCACUUUUUCCCCCCAGGGUGAUUGCCAUGGGCACAGAGGAGAAUGGAGCUUGCACAACUGCCUUCUGUUACCUUUUAUGGAUAAAAAUGAAAGUGUCCCAGAGAAGCAGCUAUGUGGAGAAACAAUUCUGGUUUCUAGGAGGAAGGCAGAGCGAUGUCCCGGCUCUCUCUGACACGGUCCCCAGUUUCUCCCAUUGCUGCUCAAGGAAUUCCUCUCCCUGCCCAGCUCACCAAAUCUAACGCCCCGGUGCAUAUUGAUGUAGGAGGUCACAUGUAUACCAGCAGCCUAGCAACUUUGACCAAAUACCCAGAUUCCAGAAUAAGCCGCCUCUUUAAUGGCACAGAGCCGAUAGUCUUGGACAGUUUAAAACAACACUAUUUCAUUGAUCGAGAUGGUGAAAUAUUCAGAUACAUCUUGAGCUUCUUAAGAACUUCAAAGCUGCUGCUCCCAGAGGAUUUUAAGGACUUCAGUCUUUUAUAUGAAGAAGCCAAGUAUUACCAGCUGCAGCCGAUGAUCAAAGAACUGGAGCGAUGGAAGCAGGAGAAAGAGCAACAGAAACAUUUCCAGCCCUGUGACUGCUUGGUGGUGAGGGUGACUCCGGAUCUCGGUGAGCGGAUCGCAUUGAGUGGGGAGAAGGCGCUGAUUGAGGAGAUUUUUCCAGAGACGGGGGAUGUGAUGUGCAACUCGGUGAAUGCUGGCUGGAACCAGGACCCCACCCACGUCAUCCGCUUUCCCUUGAACGGGUACUGCCGGCUGAAUUCGGUGCAGGUUCUUGAACGGUUGUUCCAGAAGGGAUUUAAUGUGGCAGCGUCCUGCGGUGGAGGCGUAGAUUCCUCCCAGUUCAGUGAAUAUGUGCUGUGUCGUGAAGACAGGAGACCACAGCCCAAUACCACCAUCAGAAUAAAGCAAGAACCCCUGGAUUAAGGACUGACUCCCUCCCUCCUUUGAGACAGUAGAUGUGUUCAAAGGUCCCUUGGGUGGAAACACUCAGAACUCCCAGAACAGUAUUAUGCAGGAGCAGCCAGCCUGUUUCUGAAGCAACCUGUUGCAUGGCCAGCCAUGACUCUCGCGUGGAAACAAGGACAAUGACACAACACAGAGUUGUUUGUAUUAUUACUCAAGUCAUCGCAGUGCACUUGGAAGCCUGGCGUUUUGUGGGAUUGUUUUGGCACAUGGAAAAGUAGUGAUGCUUCUGUAAAGAACUAACUGGACUGAAUUUGGUGGAAAAGACCAGUUUAUGUAAUUAAAGUAUGUCUCACUGAAGGAAUAAGCCCACCAGCUUUCUGGAGGAUAGCCCCUCUGUCCUAUGAAUGUGUCAAGAUCUUGAUAGCUGCCAGAAGGAAGCUGGUGAUAUGCUGAGCGUCUUCCCUGAACCCUGUACUAUCUCUGGCCUGUCAGUCAUUACUUUCCUAUCUCCAUUUGUUACUCAUGAUCUUUUGCUCAUUUCUUGGAUUCAUUGUAUUAUGGCUUAUUUUUCUACGACAAUUGUCUUAGAGGAGCCAGUUCAGGUAGGGACCAAAGCUGUUAAUGUGCUGAACCUGAUUUCAUUCUUUCCAGUCCCACAUCUUCACUGUCCUCCUUUCCCCAUACACAUAUACAUCUCACACAGUGCAAAUUCUUUAAAAAAAUGAGGUUCAAAUCAAUUUUUGCAAAAUUGUGUAACUUAAAUAGGUCCUGAGGUAAGGCCAAGUUAAGUUACGCUGGUUUUUAUUGUCGUUAAGAACGGGAACUGGCUAAAUUGUGUCUCAAGUCACCUUUCAUUCUUCAUUUGAAUUCAGUCCCCAUAUUGCCUUGACACAAGGAAAUGGAUGGUGCCACACUGAUUGGAUGUUGUGUGUCAUCUUUUUAAAUGACACAAAAGUGUGAUGCCUUUCUUCUUUUGAGCAACUACUUUAAAUACUUUGCUUCCAUUCACAAAUCCUUUGGCAUCAGCAUUCUUUGAGAAAAUAAACUUGGUUUUCAAUCUCUGAGCAGUCAUGACAGUUCAGAUGAUCCAGAAAAAUCUGCCCGUUUAUGCUGUGCCAUAAUUUGGUGUUGUAUGAAUUACUCUCUACAUAGGUUGUAUACCUUGACUGGUAGGUUAGUGCAUCCUUCCUGACCAAAGGAACGUCAGACCUGUUGGGGCUGCCAUUUCCCAAAAUCCAACGGGUAUAACACAUAGAAAGAGGGACGACAAACAGUGUAAUCGCUAGCACUAUUUUCUUCACUCGCUGAUUGACUGGUUUUGCACGAAAACUCAAGAAUCGAAGCCCGGGUCAACAUGCAGAAGAUGGGCUGCAUUUAUAUGCCAUGCUAUGCUCAAAUAUUGAUGGCCGUUAGGACUUUGAAGGACAGCUUGUGUAAGGUCUUGCCUCAAGGGUCCCCUCAAGCAAGCAGAACUCUUGAAACAGGUAGCAUUUCAAAAGAAAUGUUUAUUCGGUGACAGUGAUAGCAAAGAGAAUAGGCAGGAUCUAAAGUUCCCGCGCUAAAACGUUAGGUUAAAAGUUGUUCGUUAAAACCCCUCCCCACUGCUCAGUUCAUCGCAGGCCAAUCACCAUUCACCCAACUUGCCAAGGUAAGUACUUGGCUUCCUAGAAUGCACUGAAUUCCUCAGCAUGGCAUAUCAGGUUGUACGCACCUUGCAAUUGUGCAAAGUGUUUGAGUUUUGUGAGUAAGUCCCAGUAUGAGGCUGCUCAAAAGAUUUAAAAAAACAAGGGAAGGGAAGCUCUCCACCCCUGGUGCCUCCUGAGCAGAGUAUUGAGUGAGAAUCCAGACGUUCUGGCCAGGCCUUCUCAUGUAAGUUGUACUGACAGAAAACUUCUUUGGAGAACCUCAUUGAGUUGAACUAUGAAAUGUAUCUGCAAGUUCAUGGAUCCAGCUAAGUUUGUUUUAUUGCUUAGUCUCGACCCAUUUCUCACGAGCACAACUUCAAAAAUCGAGGCUUGGAGAGAAAUCUUUGUAUCUGAGGAGUGUUCAGUCAUAAAUAGUGUAUUUCAUACUAAAAAUGCAUAUCGAUUCUCUUACCAGUUUAAUGUGGAAUCCAGGGAAUUAUAGUUCUGAUAAGGUGCAAAUCUGGCCGAGAACCUCAGUUAUAUUACCCUCUCAAAACUGCACUUCCCAAGAUGCCCCACUGCAGCCAUACUCGGUUUAAGCCUGGACGGCAAACCAAACUGCCAAUUCAAAACGUUUAGGAGAAAAGGCAGUUUUCUUGAAUUAGUAAACCUGCUAAGAUGGAUGAAUAGCUCUAACUGAAGUUCAAGGGGAAAAAAUGUAUACCAAAAUGUGGCAGGGCCACAUGAAAUGAAACCGCACGGUACCAAAAACUCACCCUUAGAUUUUAGCGUCCCUUGUGAAGAACUUCAUUAAGGAAAUUUGGUAUCCCUGCAAGCAGCUGCUCUUGAGCAGAAUGGCCCAUUUUUGAACUGACCAAGACAUAUUUGUUGACAUAUUUCAUCAACAAGAGUAAUAAUCGAAUUGCCACAAAUAGAAAUUCCCCACCAAAUUUGUGGAUAAGAAGGGAUUUCACCAGAGUAAAGAGAGGUUCUCCCAACUAUGUAAGGACAAAACUACAGUUAGCUGUGAUGAGCGGGAGAGGGGAAGUGUCAAACUACAAGAUGGCCGCCACAUAUUGCAUUUUGCAAGAUGUUGUCCCUGCAGUUUUGCUGCCCUCUGUGAAUGGUGCUGAAGGCCAAUAAAAAGGCCAGGAGGACUUCUUCAUGAUUCCUUGGGCUAUAAUGGAGACACCAGGAACCUGGAAAGAGAGAUCUGGGAGAGGACGGUGCUACCAAGAAAAACAGGGCAUUCAUUCACACACACACACACACACAAACACAUCCCUUAGCUACCUCAGAACUAAACAAGUAACAGAAUUGUCACAACACACCACUUUUUCACAAAAGUUCUCUUUUGCAAAGUACAGGUUUUUUUAAGCACGCUACUUUCAUCAAACUGAGUGAGAGCUGUUAAGCAAAAAAAGUUAGGAGAAUUUCUCCAUCUGUCCCCCCCAAAACAACUGGUUGAGGGUUAUCUAUGCAGAAAAGUUGCUGCAUUGUACAUUUUGUGCCAUCAAGUUAGUUUAAUAUCUUUUCUACGUAAAUAAAAUGUUUAGGUCUUAAUGCCAUCCCUUUUGUAUGUAAGAUACCUAUUAAAUUGUAUUGUACUGUAAAUGCUUAAUAUUGUACCUUCUCGGCAUUCCUCUUGCCCUUCAUAAAACAGAUCGUGCAAUGUG